CUCACCAGUGGAUUGAGGUCUCCGGGCCACUCUGGUGCAACACAGCGGAUAUAUACACAGCCUCCACUGAUUCCCCCCCCGAAAUACACACUGUUUGAUAUUAUCUAAGUAAUUCAUCAGAGUAGCUGUCUUCUUAGUGAGCUCAAUACAACAAACCCUUUGUCGUUUUGUCAUCUUCCGCGGAGCUUUGAAACGUCAACGGCACAAUGGCUGAUCAGCUGACUGAGGAGCAGAUUGCUGAGUUCAAGGAGGCGUUCUCGCUGUUCGACAAGGACGGUGACGGUACGAUCACCACCAAGGAGCUCGGGACUGUGAUGCGCUCUCUGGGACAGAACCCCACUGAGGCCGAGCUGCAGGAUAUGAUCAAUGAGGUGGAUGCGGAUGGUAAUGGUACAAUUGAUUUUCCUGAGUUCCUGACCAUGAUGGCCAGGAAGAUGAAAGAUACAGACAGUGAGGAGGAGAUCAGAGAAGCCUUCAGAGUCUUUGACAAGGAUGGUAAUGGCUACAUCAGUGCAGCAGAGCUACGGCACGUCAUGACCAACUUAGGGGAGAAGCUCACUGACGAGGAGGUGGACGAAAUGAUCCGCGAGGCUGACAUUGACGGCGAUGGUCAGGUCAACUAUGAGGAGUUUGUCCAGAUGAUGACUGCCAAGUGAAGAGAACGCUGACAUUUCUCUCAACGUUGCUUGUCCUCCUAAGAUCACUGUCUUUCAGAACCCCCCAAAAAAGGAACAAUUAUCAAACGAUAAACAAACUUCCCCCCCAAAAAAUCACUUAAUGUGUCGAAUUUAACAAUUUGUGCUUCAGCACAUCCAAAUACUUCUGAGGUAUCUGUUUAGCAAACACCAACCGAACAGAAUAAUCCCUAGAGAAGUUAAUGGACCAAGCUUUAAGAGGGCCGAGGCCCCGUACUUCAGACCAAGAUUCUGCUGAGUCACCCAGCAUCUGAUUAAUUUAGAGGAAAGGGCAACACUGAAAAGGCAGAGGGGAUAGGAGCCCAUGCCACAGUUCGUAUAGAGAAGUUGGCUAUUUAAUUCUUUCCAAUAUUCAACAAAGAACUCUAAAUACUGAAUUGAGUACUCUUCUUGCAUGCACCCUUUCUGUGGCGGUCUCUUGUCACAACGAGGACGCUCUGAUCCCAUCAGAGGUAGUGGUCAGACUGUGUACACACUGGAGGUAUAUACAUUACUAUAUAGCUAUAUAUCUGUAAAAUUUGUGUCACUAUUGAUUAUUGCAAGAGCAAAUAGUUGCGAUGUAGGGUGUUCACUGGUGCUCGGUUGCAGUCUUUAUACCUUGAAGAGUUCAGACGAGAAUGAGAGACUGAAAAGUGCUGAAGUUAUGUUCCUCUUGGGGAUGAUAUAAUGUCUGGUUUUGAGUCGCGGGCUUUACAUUGCCCGCAGCACUGAUGGGAGACAGUAGUACGUUGUAUUGCUUCAGGAGGAUUAUUGUGAAAACAACCACUUGAGGACUAAUAUAUUUGUUCUGCAAUCAGAUAUCCUGAUGAUACAAUAUUGAUGUAAUGCUUUAUAAAUGUGUUCUCAAAUAUUAAUGUAUUGAUGACAAACUUUGGUCACCAAAUAUAUCUAUAUAUAUAUAUAUUAGUGUAUUGUAAAGUUUGCAUUGCCUAUUGUCGUAGUAAAUGACCUGUGACAUGUUUUCUCUUUGGUUUUGAAAUGUGCCAUAAUACUCUAAAAACGCCUCAACCUUCUUGCAAGACUCGUAGUUCAUUAGAAUAUAAUAUAAUAUAACAACAUAUAAAAAUACAUGCAGUUGAACAUAUUUGCACUUUGGUAUUAAACCACGUGGAUAUUUAAAAAGGUUUUGUUGUAAAAGAAGAAAAAGAAACCAAAUGUCACUGUUGCUGCUGCUAUAACAACUCAUAUGUUGACUCUCAUUUCUCGUCCUUGUUGGUGUCUGAUCUUCGAUUUGUAGUCCGGUGAUUUAAACUUCAAUCUGCUUGCUGUUUUACUGAACAGAAUACAUUAUACUGUAUAUUCACACAAAAAACUACUAGUGGUGAGGGGUGAUAAGAGUUUAAUUUGGGCUAUUAGAAUGGAAAUGGGGAUGAAAUAGGGUUGUAGCAAAGAGUUCAGCUUUAGAAGUGAGGUUGUUUAGGUUGGCUAAAUUUAAGAAGCGAGUUAGCUGAGGUGUCUUUAUGAUUUCCUCAAAGCACGAAACUUAAAAUGCUGCUCUGCUUGAGGCGUUUUUAAUUGGUCAUCUUUUGAUUCGGAUGUCGGGAAGUAAAUGGUAAAUGGACUGUUAUCUUCUGAAGGUAUCUCAAAAAAAUGUAAAGAUGUGAUAUAUUUUCCAUAAAUCAAUAAAUUGAGCUUUACUUCACCUGCA